AUGCGGAGCACAGAACAGGCAGAAGAUGGCACCAGGGGACGUCUACAGAGGCAGCAGAGGAAGAGAACCUCGAAAAGAGGUGAAAAAGGAACGGUCAGAAAGAUGAGAGAAUCAGGAAAGAAUGGCAGUGUGGAAGCCAUGAGAAUAGACAGUGUGCAGGAGGGAGUGAUCAGCAGUGUUAGGUAUCAGGCAGGGCAGAGCAGGGCAGGAACAUCCACCACAGUUGUCAAUAUGGCGAAAACAGCCACCAGGAACAGCAAAGGUCAGUGUCCGACACAGCCAGCCUUUCCUGCACAGCCUCCUGGGAAUGUAGUGUGCCCUCAGACCUUGCCACCUGCCUCCUCAGAGCUCUAUCCCCUGUCUGUGGUUGUUGGCCCUGUAGGUUCCACAGUCCCCAUGGCUUAUUGUCCAUUUGGCCUCUGUUCACCUGGCUCAGCAGUGCUGGUGGAAGGAGGGUAUGGUGGAGUGCCAGGUUUGGAGUGGGGGCAGCACUGGCAGCAUUCCUCUCCACCCCAGAACGUCCUCCAGGGCUGCUCAGCUUGCAGUCAUGCAGGAGCCAGUGUCCCCGUGACUCAGCGGGCGGGAAACUCCUUCAUGGGUGGCUCAGAUGGUGGCUGUGCCAUCUGGUGAGGAACCAAGGCCACCUCUGUGCAAGGAAAGACAUCAUGUAACUUCAGCGCUUCUCAGUAAAUGCUUUAGCCACAUUAACCUGAAGUUGUAAUUCACACCCAUAUUGGGUAUCUUCCUGAUGCCCAGACCUUUAGGCACUUUUCAUGUAAUGGGUAGAAGUACCUCCCUAAAGCAUUUUGA